UGCUCGAGGAACGAUCAAGAUGCACGCAGUUAUUGCGCUGAAUCUCCUUGUGAUUUCCUUCUUGAGGUUCAUCUUUUCGCAUGAAGAGCACAGCCUUCAGAGACCCUCUAACUUGGCCUUGGCUGGACCUCAGGCAGGAAGUCUGGAGAAAUGGGAGAAGGAUGUGCGGUCGGCCGCCAGUCUAGAAGAGCUGCUGAUGCUCACGGAUUUCCCAGACUGGAAGUUGUGGAAGUGUCGCCUUAAACUGAAGAAUGUGGAAUCGACGUCCGGCGGAGACUCGCGCUCCUCCUCCUCCUCCUCCUCCUCCUCCUCCUCAUCCUCCGCAGGCUCUCACCGAUCCACACGCUAUGCGGCCGCCUCAUACAGCCUGGAGAUCCUCCAAGCAAUCGAUGAGGAAUGGCAAAAGACCCAGUGCAUGCCCAGGGAGACGUGCGUGGAUGUGGCCAAGGAGCUGGGCACCAACACCGGCAUGUUCUUCAAGCCGCCCUGCGUGUCCGUCUACAGGUGCAGCGGCUGCUGCAACAAAGAGGGUGUGACAUGCAGGAACACGAGCACCACCUACGUCAAUAAAACUCUCUUGACGGUGAUACCUUUUAAAUACGGACCAGAGCCGGUGCUGAUAAAGGUAGCCAAUCACACAGAGUGCAAGUGCAUGGAGCCGGCGCUGAUCCGACGGCACGUUCCCACCCACAGGCAGAGCAGGUGUAACCCAGUGCUGCAUAACUCGGGGUCUGGAGAUUCCAGCAGACUGUGUGCAACUGGACUGAUCUGGGACUGCAUGUCAGACCAGUGUGUUCCGUACCCGUCGAGCCGACACGAAUUUUCCCCCAGUCCCAAGGUGUCCGACUGCGAAAUCGAUGUCGACCAGUGCGACUGCGUGUCCAAAAACAAAACCAAAGAGCAGCCUCCUUGUGGCCUGAGUUCUGCUGCAUGCGUCACAAAGGGCAAACGCCUGGAACUGGACUCCUGCAGCUGCAAGUAAAGUCUUCCAGGUCUGACAUCCUGCAAGCUUUGCAGGAAAGCUUUGGAACAGAGACAAGCUCUUUAUUUAUUAUUUUAAUCUCUAUUUAAAUUAUAUUAUGCAUUUUUGUCAAUUAUUAAAUAAAACUAUUGGACAAGCAUUAAAAA